AUGGUGAUGGUAGAACACAAGGAAUUGCUCAACCCAGCACAGAAAGGUCGAGCCCGUAUCGGAUACGGUCCCCACUUCCAGCGUCUUGAUGACAUUCGAACGGGUAGAGUGGAAGCACGCACGGCUGCUCGCUUGUCGAGCGAUGUCUGCGGAGAUGAAGAGCAUUAUCACAUCCACCCCACCAUCAUUCAUGCUUGCAUCCAAUCGGGUCCCCUUGCGGCGAUGAGAGGUCGCGUGGAGGCAAAGAAUUACCGUCGCGUUCCCACAAAGAUCGACAGAGUGACUUUGCAUCGCUGCACCCCAGUUGCUGACAUCAGUGUCGCCGCAUCCGCUGUCUCAAUUAAUGGAAGUGGUGAUGUUAUUAGCCGGGUACAAUGCAUAGCAAAUAGAAGUAUCAUGAUGGACAGGGAAGGCGCAAAGCUUUCGCCCUUGGAGGAUGCAGAGGAUACAGGAACGGAAAAGCCAAUGACAUCCGCGCGUCUCACCUGGGGACCACAAAUUGACUUCUUGGACGUCAAGCGUCUCAUCAAGCCCGAGGUCCCCAGGCGUCUGUAUACUACAAUUAUGGACGAGAUUUCCCGCUUGUGUCUGGUAUACGCGGAACGACGCAUAGAGGGAGCUCAAACCCAACUUCCCCAUAUCGCCAAGUAUAUGAAUUGGAUCAAACACCAGGUCCAGGGAUAUGGAAACCAUUUGCCAAUGCUCGCUAUGGAUGAUCUUUCUAUUAAACGGCAGAUAUCCAGCUUGGUGCAAAAGCUGCUUGGGACGCAAGUCGAGGACUGUGCUACUGCUGUCCAGAAAGUAGUCAACAAUAUCGAAGGACUAUUGUCUGGAGAGACGGAUGCUCUUGAAAUGUUACUGGCCGAUAAUACAAUGACAAAGCUAUACGUUGCCACGGACGCUGUGGAUCGAUCCCAAUUCAUCCGCCAUUUGUCGCACACAAAUCCCAAUCUUCGCAUACUUGAGAUUGGUGCUGGUACCGGGGCAUCCACUGCCAGCAUUCUGAAGCAUCUGGUCCUACCCACUGGUCAACCCCUUUACUCGAAGUAUGCGUUCACCGAUAUCUCUUCAGCAUUCUUUGUCGCUGCAAAGGAUCUCUUCACAGAUUAUCGGAACAUCGAGUACCGCGUUCUAGAUAUCAGCCAGGAUCCAGUCGAGGAAGGCUUCGAAGAAGACAAAUUUGACCUUGUAAUCGCCACUAAUGUUCUCCACGCCACAAGAAGUCUUCAUGAGACUUUGAAGAACGUGCACCAAUUACUUGUGCCCGAUGGCAGACUGCUUCUUCAUGAGAUUGAUUCUCCCUCCAAAUGGCCUAAUUUUAUUUUUGGAACUCUGCCAGGCUGGUGGUAUGGUGGACCUGAUGGUCGUCCAGACCAACCCUACGUCACUCCGGCUCGAUGGGAGAAUGAGCUGCGAGACGCAGGCUUCAAUGGACUGGAUGCGAUUGUCCUUGAUGCCGAGGAGGGUUAUCAACUGAACGCCAUCAUGGUUGCAAGCCCGCGGACGGAGCGCAAGGCAGUCAACAAGACAGUGUCUAUUCUAUGUGAUGAUACCGGCACCCAUCUGACUCCUUUCUCUAGAGUUAUGGAGGCCAGAGGCUUCACUAUUCAGCCGUAUAAAAUCGGCCAAGAACUGCCAAAAGGCCAAGAUAUUAUUUGUCUUCUUGAUCUUCCGCAGCUUUUCUUUCGGGAUAUUGAAGAAGUUCGCUUCAUGGCCUUCCAGCGAGUACUGAACAGCCUGGGAGAUUCUGCACUGUUCUGGGUGGCCCAGCCAUGUCAGAUUCAGUGCUGUGAUCCCGACUAUGCUCAGGUGAUCGGCACCGCUCGUACGAUCCGUACUGAGAUGCUUUUAGACUUUGCUACGUGUGAAGUGGACCACUUCGGAUCGUCUUUGGAGAAAGUGGUUGAUGGAUUUUCAAAAUUCCAAUUAAGAGUGGAGACUGAGACGUUCAAGCCGGAGUAUGAAUACGCUAUUUGUGAUGGCACCGUGAACGUUGGCAGAAUUUAUCCCUUUUCCCUGACCAAUGAGCUUUCAUCCGAUGCCGUUCUGGAUGAGCGGAGUGGACUUGACAUGAGCAAGCCUGGACGUCUCAGCACUAUGAAAUGGGCCCCUUGGGAGAAAAAGAGACUCAACGGUGAUGAUGUGGAGGAUGGCUUUGGUAUUGAGUCCAGUGGAAUUGUCUCCCGUGUCGGUCCUGGGGUGACCGAUCUUCGGGUCGGCGACCGGGUUAUGCUCUUAGGCGACGGCUCUUUUGGUUCACAUGUCGUCACUCCGGAGAGACUCUGUACCAGAAUACCGACAAGUCUCAAUUUUGAAGAUGCUGCAAGUAUGCCAGCGGUCUUUGCAACCGCGGUCUGCUCGCUUUUAUAUAUUGGAAAGUUGCAGAAGGGACAGUCUGUGUUAAUUCAUAGCGCCUGUGGUGGUGUCGGUCUGGCUGCCAUUCAGCUUGCCCGCAUGAUUCAACAUCUCGUCAAAACUUUUGACCUUCCCAGAAAUCGCAUUUUCCAUUCAAGAGAUACCAGGUUCGUGGAAGGAAUAAUGCGCGAGACCAACCAACAAGGCGUGGAUCUCGUACUCAACUCUCUGUCUGGAGAACUCCUUCAUGCCACUUGGGGCUGUGUCGCCGAGUUUGGCACACUGGUUGAAAUUGGAAAGCGUGACUUCCUUGGUGCUGGUAAACUUGAUAUGGGCACUUUCUUAGGAAGCCGGACGUACGCUUGCUUUUAUCUUGAUGCACUCAUGGCUAGGAAACAAUCGAAAGUCAAGGGGCUUCUUCGUGAAAUCGUGUGGUACUUGCAGAGUGGGCAAAUCACUCCGAUUCGCCCGAAGAAGGUUUUUGAUGUCGUGCAGAUCGAAGACGCAUUCCGGUACAUGCAACGAGGCCAGCAUCUCGGCAAGAUCAUUAUCUCAAUCAGGAACUCUGAUGGCGACCUGAAUCUUGGCACUGCAUCUGUCAAGGCGAUGAAAGAUCUGGACCUCGAAAAGGGCGCAUCUUAUCUUCUCGUUGGUGGUCUUGGUGGCCUUGGUCGGGCCAUUGCAAGGCAUUUGGUCGAGCGCAAUGCACGCCGUGUUUUUUUUCUCUUGAGAAGCGCUGGCAAAUGGCCAGAGGACCCUGAUACCAUUACAGAGCUUGAGAGUAUGGGCUGUGAAGUCGUCCUUGUUCAGGGAAGUGUUCUUCGACAAGAGGACGUGAGGCGCUCUUUGGAGCAAGCCCCAAAUCUAAAUGGAAUAAUCCAAUGCUCUAUGGUUCUUCGUGACGAGAACUUUGGUCGUAUGAGCAUAGACGAGUGGAAAACCGCAGUGACACCAAAAGUCCAAGGAACUUGGAAUCUCCACAACGCUGCAAUUACCGCCGGUAUCCAACUGGACUUCUUUAUCAUGUUCUCAUCGAUGUCUGGUGUCACUGGUCAAGCUGGCCAGGCAAAUUACGCAGGAGCAAACACUUUCCUGGAUUCCUUUGUUCAAUACAGAAGAAGCCUAGGGCUCGCGGCCUCUUCCCUGGAUAUUGGGGCUGUUCAGGACGUUGGCUACGUUUCGCAAGAUGAUGCCCUUCUGAAGAGGAUGAAGCUUGCAAGUGUGCAUGGAAUUACAGAACCCGAAUUAAUGGAAGCUGUCAGUGCAGCGGCUCUAUUUCCGGCGAUGUCUCCCAUUGACUGCGAUACCCUGGCUGAGCCAUUUGCUGACCUGCACACCAUCGCUCUUGGUUUAUCAACAGCAAUUCCUCUUAGCAGCUCUGAAAGUCACCGGGGCAAGCGCUUCUGGCUCAAACAUACUCAGGAGUCCACGAACUUUUUAGCCCAAGAGAUAGGCAAGAAGCUGUUCGUCUUCCUCCUGAAGUCUCCAGAGGACCUCGACACUUCUAUCUCACUCGCCCAGCUGGGCAUGUAUUCACUGGUUGGUGUCGAGAUACGCGGCUGGUGGAGGCAGACAUUUGGUUUUGAUAUCAGCGUACUUGAGUUGCUUGGUAUGGGCAAUCUAGAUGGACUAGGAAGAUAUGCCGCGGAAGGCGUGACGAAGCUACUGGCUGAAGACCAUCCCUAUACAUCUACCCGACUCCGUACAUUCUCAACUGUACGGAAAAUUCUUUAG